GACGCCACAAUCCAAAUCUUCCUAACAUUUCAAUUGUUUGUUCAAAAAGAUUCGAUCGAAGAAAAAACAAAAUAUGGAUACCAUAACCUGACAGCUAUUUGUUUGCUUAAAGUAUAUGAUGCCAUUUUUUCAAUGUUAACGUUCUUUUCUGCCUCAGCCUUCACAACUUGAAAAAACAACAUAAUGUAUUCAAACCUACAAACUAAACUUUAGUAUAAACGGAUAACAGAAAAUUGUAAAUAGCACGAGCAUGGUAGGGGGUUCCAUUUUUCAUUCUUUUUCACUCAGGACUUCACAACUGUUUAGUAGGGAAUCUGAGGACCGAAAUGAAAAAUCUUGGCCCGUUUGGAUGAUAUGGAAAAGAAGAAGGUACGUGGUAGCUAUAAUGGCUCUUUUGGGAUUCGCAAACAUAUACGGUUUAAGAGCCAAUCUUAGCAUAGCGAUUGUCGCGAUGACUGCAAAAACGGAAAUAGUUUUGGACAAUGGAACUGUAGCACAUGUUCGCGAAUUCGACUGGGACUCAAAAGUACAAGGAUACGUACUGAGUUCGUUUUUCUACGGUUACAUCGUCACACAACUCGCAGGUGGAUGGCUGGCUGCCAAAUUUGGAGGAAAGCACAUAUUUGGAAUGGGUAUCGCUGUAACAGGGGCGUUGACGGUUAUUACCCCCGUCGUUGCCAAACAAAGUGCUUCUCUUCUGAUAGCAGUGCGAGUAAUAGAAGGAUUAUUUGAGGGUGUGACGUAUCCUUGCAUACAUGCGAUAUGGGCAGAGUGGGCACCACCGUUAGAACGAAGUCGUUUAGCAGCGAUAGCCUUUUCGGGGUGCUACAUUGGAACAGUGGUAGCUAUGCCCUUAAGCGCAUUAUUAGCAGACAAAUUAGGAUGGGAAUCAAUAUUUUACGUGACGGGGGGCAUUGCUUUACUGUGGUAUUUGCUCUGGUGCGUCAUUGUGACGGACUCGCCUAGUAAAGACCGUUACAUUAGCAAUUUAGAGCUACGCUAUAUUCAGGACUCCAUUGGAGAGCAACAAGUCACUCGCACGGCUAACCAUCCUUGGAAAAGCAUUUUUAUGUCAGUGCCAGUGUGGGCUAUUAUUGUAGCACAUUUCACAGAUAAUUGGGGUUUUUAUACCCUAUUAACUCAGUUACCGACGUUUAUGAAGGAUACAUUGAACUUCGAUUUGGCAUCAACGGGGAUUGUUGCCGCGAUACCUUACCUGGUGGUGUCUGUAACAGCGCAAAUUUCUGGACAGCUCGCCGAUUGGUUGCAAGAAAAAAAAAUUUUGAACACGACUCAAGUUCGUAAGGUUUUUAACUGCGUGGCAUACAUUGGACAGGCAGUUUUCCUGCUACUGGCGGGCUAUAUACUUUCACCAAUAGGAAGCACCAUAUGUCUAGCAUGUGCUGUUGGUAUAGGAGGAUUACAAUUUUCAGGAUACGGAGUAAACCAUUUGGACAUAGCACCUCAGCAUGCUAGCGUAUUGUUGGGAAUAAGCAACACCAUAGCAACUAUUCCUGGGAUAAUAAGCCCUAUUGUAGCAGGUUAUAUCGUCACGACGCCUACUGCAUUCGAGUGGCAAAUAGUAUUUAUUAUAAGCAGUUGCAUAUAUGUAUGCGGUGCCAUAUUUUACGGUUUCUUUGCCAGUGGUGAGCUACAACCAUGGGCUGUAGACACAAAUAAGACUAAAGACAAUGAUGUGUCUGAUUUUACUUUCUAAAACAAUAAUUAUGACUUUUACUUGUACAGUUUAAUUUUUAUAUGCCUUUAAUAUAAAUUGAUACUGAC